AUGCCACAUCAAUCUCUAUCAGAACUGCUGGAUACAAAUCGAGCUGCUAGACAAGCAAAACCCGGUCACAGUUGCUUAUGGCAUAGUAACCAGUCAUUGGAGCAACAACUUCGCCAUGCCGUAUACCUCAUCCGAGAUGUGACCGUGCGAACCAAUACGGACUGCUGUAUGGUCUACGUGGAUCCUUGCAAACUGAUCAAUCGAGCUGUACUGUUCAAAUCGGAACGGUCGAAAUGCCAGCGCCACGAGUGGGCCCAGAUUCCGGGUACGUUCAAUCCGUACACAAAUACUUGCAUCCGUGUCUGUGUCUCAAUGUUCUGUUUGCUUUACAGACCUCUGGUUGACAAUUAG